AUGCCGUUCAUGUGGAGACAGCGGGCGUACUGCGCGCCUGUUCCAUCUGCCUUUGCAGCUCAGCAGCCUCGCGCGGGUGGAGGAAGCGAAUCUGGAGUGCGAAGGCCUCUCUUGCGGUCAAACAGCGAGAGUUUGUCAGUCUUCUCGGAGAUCCCCGACGGUUUGCUCGGCCACACCACCAGCGUCACGAUGGGAAACUCCGACAUCUUCUUUCUUCCAAAGCCCUCGAACCUCCUCAAAGUGGCCCUCCCUGCAUUCGUCUUCAUGCCCAACCUGACCAUCUUCACGAGAGCCUUUCCCUUCUACGCUCACACUAGCGCUUGA